AUGGCCACUACAACGGUUACCAAUACGGGGCUCAACACAAUUGACAUGUCGCGGCUUGCCAAUUAUCAUCUCAUUCUCAUGAUGAUCGGAUCCAUAUUGGGUUCACACAUAUUGGUGUCAUUAUGUAUUGUAUCGGUGCGCAAAUACUACUUUUCAAAACGAUUUGAAGACGUCCUUUUAUAUAAUCGAGCCAGACGUUUGAAAGAACAAAACAAGCAACGAUUUCUCAAGGGACAUGACAAAAGUCGCAAUAAUGCCUUGAAGAGAACGCGUACAUUGCCCACACGUAUGCUAUCCACCACAUCUGAAUUACCCUACCAUCGCUCCUCCACGAUCAAAGAUACCACUGAAAAGGAUGAAGCGAAAAAGCGAAGGGACAUUUAUGAUCGUAUAAACCACAUUCGUUCACGUCAACUGGAUGAUGGUGAUGAUCAAGACACAAGAUCCGGUGUAACAUCAACACCGGUGCCUUCAUUACAAUCUUCACAAAGACGAUCAAUGUCAUCGGGGACAAUGGUGGAUGGUGUCAACAACAAUCCAACCCCAUCAGCUUCGCAUGAUGAUACCAGCAGAAGACCACCACCUGAUAUUCGCUUUAAUGAGGAUGUGGAUUAUCAACGUGAACAAGCACGACAACAGCUAAAGAAGUAUGACAAGCUAUUGAAUUGGAUAGCGAAACCGCCAAAUCCAUCCUCAUUUGAAGAAACGCGACUGGCUACUGAAGCUGAGGAAGAAGAAGAUGAAAUCGCCCGUAUCUUGAGCCAGCCUAUUCACAAGUCUCAACUUUCACGCAAGCAACGAUACCAUAUUGGCGGCGUUGAGUACCGUGCUAUUGACUUUUUAUCAAAGCUGGUGCCCUUUUUCUACCUUUUUACGAUUGUGGUGUUUAGUUUUGCGCUUCGUAUCUACAUUGCUUGUUCAACGUAUGCACAAGGUGUCCUUGAAACAUCCAAUCCAGAGCCCGUGGAUCCUUGGAUGUUUUCUUUCUUUACUAGUGUGUCCGCUUUUAACAAUUUGGGCUUAACGCCCUUGUCAGCAAGCUUAGUACCCUUUCAAAGUGCACCUGCACCCCUGAUCUUUUACAGUCUAUUGAUUAUUUUUGGCAACACAGCCUAUGCCAUUGUAUUGCGUGGGAUCAUUUGGACCUUGUACAAAAUCAUGCCCAAACAUGAUACCAUGCAAUCCGAGACCAUGCGUUUCUUACUGGAUCAUCCACGACGUUGCUAUACAAACCUGUUUUCGUCAACACAGACUUGGUGGUUGGUGUUUGCUUUGGUUGUCAUCAACCUUGUCGAGAUGGUCGUUUUCUUAGCAACCAAUUUUUGGUUGCCAGUCCUUGAUGGGAUAUCUUGGGGAGCACGCGUUUUAGAUGCUUACUUUCAAGGCGUGGCCAUUCGCAAUGCUGGAUUUGCAGUGGUCAAUCUUGAAAUAUUGAACCCAGGUACUCAAAUCGUGUAUAUCAUUGCCAUGUACAUCAGCGUUUACCCUGUGGCAAUCAGUAUCCGCAAUAGCAACAUUUUCCAGGAACGAGAGUUGGGAAUCUAUAGUGAUCCUAUUGUCAAGCAAAGUGGCGACGAUGAUAAUAUUGAGCCAUUACUGCCAACGACAACAAGCACAAGCACUAGGCUACGUCGACUCCCCACCAUCAAUAGUGUUGUCUCCACCUCACGAAAACUAUUACCAAAAUCGCCAAGUUUUUAUGUGAAGCUUCAAAUGCAACGACAACUAGCAAAGGAAAUCAGUUGGGUCAUUGCAGGUAUCUUUUGCGUAUGCGUGAUUGAAAGUAAAGAAAUCAUGGCCCAGACCCCCAUCACGGUGUUGUCGAUCAUGUAUGAAUGUGUCUCUGCUUUUGGCACAGCCGGCAGCUCGCUUGGAUACCCGAGGUUGAGCACUUCACAAACAGCAAAUUACCACACGUUAAGCAAGCUCGUGAUCAUUUUACUCAUGUACCGUGGACGACAUCGUGGCUUACCUUCGGCUAUUGAUCAUGCUGUGCUUUUACCUUCCGAACAACUCGAUCGAAAAUCAGCACGAGAGCAUGAUUUAAAAGAAAAGCACGCUGAAGUGAACAAGACCUUUGCUUCAAGUACGGGGAUUGAUACACCUUACUAUCGACAUCAUCAUCAUCAUCAACAACAAGGUUCGGAUCGUCAUACGAUGGCUUAA